AGUCUUUUCCACUGCCCCAAAAAGCGGACGCUCCGCACCGCGUGUUUCUAAGGCGGUCUCGCUGAGGUGACAAAGGGAAGAGAGGCGCGAGAAAGAGUCAUGGCGGUGACCCGCCAGGAGAUGUUGGACGCCGCCGUGUUCUUCGAGGAAGGCCGUCGCCCUUCCCAGCCGCUGCGAGGUCAUGGCUUUCUUCUCCACGGCGCACGCGCGUCCGGGAAGACGUCCCUGGCGUUUCAGGCAGCCAUCAACACCGUUCAGCGCGAAGGGGAACGCGGACAGGUCGUGGUGCUCUGCCAGGAGUCCGCGUUUUACGCCAAAGUACCGGUGCCCUUCACCCCCCUCGGCGCCCUCUCGCCGUCCGAGUUGGGCCGAAUCGAGUUCGUGUACGUCGAGAGCUGGAGUGCGGCGCUGCGGGAGUUGAUGGAGCUGCGCACUCUCCAUGCGGUGCCGCCGCUGCUGCUGAUCGACGAUGACGGGUUCGAGGUGGAGACACCGUCAGCUCGGCUCGGUAGGAGUGGCCAGCAUGCCGACGUGCUCACCUCCACCGCCGCCGCGGCGUGUCUCUCUUACUUGGAAAACAUCCACGAUUGGAUAACGCGGAAUCGGAGGCCGUUCUCAUACGUUCUCGUCACGAACGCGCUGCCGGAAUCGGCGACGCGGCUGGCGCUGCCCUACGCCGCCUUUCCGUUGGUGAGUGUGUGGGUGGGUGCGUCUGGCGUGGUGCAGGUGACGCCGGUGCCGUGUGAUCCCACUGUGAUCGCGCCGGCGUACCUGACGUGGCGGAACGGAUUGCAGCUGCGGUAA